CUCUCUCUCCUUUGGAUUCUUCAGGUACUCUCUCUACCUCUCUUUCUCUCUCUGUCUCAGUCGCUGACUUAUCAUUUCCUGUCGUUAGAUCUCUCAGUACUUGGUUCAUAGUUGUUUCAUAGCACGCACUAGUGAACUAUGUGGGUUUUUUAAUUUUAAUCAUCUCAGUCUUGGAGAAUUUCAAACAAAGUUUCAAACUUUGCUCACCAACUUUUAUUUAUUUAUUUUGGUGGUAGAAAACAGACUUUGAUGGCUUUGUAGGAAUACUAGAUGUGUAGAUCUAAAGAUUAUAACCAUUUUCUGUGUUCUUGUUCUUUCAGAACAUAACUUCAUGUCUUUUUGUCUCUCUGUUCACUAGCUCUCUGUUUCCAUGGACUCCACACUAUCUUCUUCUUACAGAUUUAUUUCAUACACAUACACUGAUACACAUGUGUGUAUACGUAUGUGUUUAUGUGUGCUUAUUAUACUCUUUUUGGAUUCAAGAAACUAAUCUUUAGUAUUUUUGACAUUCUGGUAGAUUUAUGCUCACUUCUUAGGCCUUGUUGACUUUUACAGUGAUGGAUUUUGAAACUCUGGUUGAUUUGAUUUUCUUUUUGGUUUGAUGCAGUGAGGAGAGGAAAUGUCGGAUCUUCAGACACCGCUUGUGAGGCCCAAGAGGAAGAAGACUUGGGUUGAUUACUUUGUCAAGUUCAGAUGGAUCAUUGUCAUCUUCAUCGUCCUUCCAUUCUCAGCCACAUUCUACUUCCUCAUCUACCUCGGGGACAUGUGGUCAGAGUCCAAGUCCUUUGAGAAACGUCAGAAGGAACACGACGAGAAUGUCAAGAAAGUCAUCAAAAGGCUUAAGGGUAGGGAUGCUUCCAAGGACGGGCUUGUCUGCACUGCUCGUAAGCCCUGGAUCGCUGUUGGAAUGAGGAACGUUGACUACAAGAGAGCCCGGCAUUUCGAGGUUGACUUGGGGGAGUUCCGUAACAUCCUUGAGAUCAACAAGGAGAAGAUGACUGCUAGAGUGGAGCCUCUUGUUAACAUGGGACAGAUUUCCCGUGCUACCGUCCCAAUGAACCUGUCUCUCGCUGUUGUUGCUGAGCUUGAUGACCUUACCGUUGGUGGACUUAUCAAUGGAUAUGGUAUUGAAGGAAGCUCUCACAUCUACGGUUUGUUUGCUGAUACCGUUGAGGCUUACGAGAUUGUUCUUGCGGGUGGAGAGCUUGUCCGCGCCACAAGGGAUAAUGAGUAUUCUGAUCUUUACUACGCAAUCCCGUGGUCGCAAGGAACUCUUGGACUCCUUGUAGCUGCUGAGAUCAGGCUUAUUAAAGUCAAGGAGUACAUGAGACUCACUUACAUACCAGUCAAGGGUGAUCUUCAAGCCUUAGCUCAAGGUUACAUUGAUUCUUUUGCUCCCAAAGACGGUGACAAGUCGAAAAUCCCGGAUUUCGUCGAAGGCAUGGUUUACAAUCCAACGGAAGGAGUGAUGAUGGUUGGAACAUAUGCAUCUAAAGAAGAGGCAAAGAAGAAAGGGAACAAAAUCAACAAUGUGGGAUGGUGGUUCAAGCCGUGGUUCUACCAGCACGCGCAGACCGCCCUGAAAAAGGGACAGUUUGUUGAGUACAUCCCAACUCGUGAAUACUACCACAGGCACACAAGGUGCUUGUACUGGGAAGGGAAGCUUAUUCUUCCAUUUGGUGAUCAGUUCUGGUUUAGGUACCUCUUAGGUUGGUUGAUGCCUCCAAAGGUCUCUCUUCUUAAGGCCACUCAAGGUGAAGCUAUCAGGAACUAUUACCAUGAUAUGCAUGUUAUUCAGGAUAUGCUUGUUCCUCUUUACAAGGUUGGCGAUGCACUCGAAUGGGUCCACCGCGAAAUGGAGGUGUAUCCAAUUUGGCUUUGCCCACACAAACUCUUCAAGCAGCCAAUCAAAGGCCAAAUCUACCCAGAGCCAGGCUUCGAGUACGAAAACAGACAAGGAGACACAGAAGAUGCACAGAUGUACACUGAUGUUGGAGUCUACUACGCACCUGGCUGUGUCCUAAGAGGUGAAGAGUUUGAUGGAUCAGAAGCAGUGCGUAGGAUGGAGAAAUGGCUGAUAGAGAACCAUGGAUUCCAGCCUCAGUACGCGGUGUCUGAGCUCGACGAGAAGAGCUUCUGGAGAAUGUUUAAUGGUGAAUUGUAUGAGGAGUGCCGCAAGAAGUAUAGAGCUAUUGGAACGUUCAUGAGUGUUUACUACAAGUCCAAGAAAGGAAGGAAGACUGAGAAAGAAGUUAGAGAAGCCGAACAAGCUCAUCUCGAAACUGCUUAUGCCGAGGCAGAUUAAGUAAUAAUAAGCCUUGGUUUGAUGUAAUGGCUCGGGAUGAUUAUUGUUAUUCCUAGUAGUGUCUGUUAUGUUGUUGUUUCCUAAUUUCAGUUUUAGUGUCUUGAAGACUCUUGUUGUUGUUGUUUGCUUCUUGUUGUUGUUUGACUCAUUCUGGUUUGAGUGGAUUUUAGAGUUUAAAACUUUUGGAUUUGCCUAUGAAAUUGAAGGUUUCCGGUUUU